CUUUUCUGAUUUUUCCGAGUGAUGACGUUAUUGUGAUCUCUAUUAAAGUGUCUUGACUGAGGUACUUAUGAAGCGCAAAUUAUGUGUGACACCAUCGUUCACGUGUGACGACGAUAUGGAGGAGUUGAAUGUGGCAGCUUUGUCACGCCGGAAAGAGUCCGCGGCGCCGCUGACAGCAGAGAGGGAUGGUGCGAUUUUCCGCCACCCUCUCUCGUAUCCCCUCGCCUUGGUGCUGCGACUUCGGGUUUUGCAGAUUGUAUGCGGUAUAUCAACCUUGGUGAUGGGAAGCGUGGCGUUCAUCGAAGAGCGGCAAAAAUUCAACAUGGGGCUGGGCAUACCAGCUGGAAGCCUCAGUAUAUUAGCAGCAGCCGUGUCAAUACAUACUUCACGAGGCUGGGGCGUAUCCAGCGGUGCCAGUGCGGGUAUAGCAGCUGCGAUCCUGUGGGCAGCUUCCGGUUGCCUACUCAUUGCCUUGAUAGUGCAGUGCUUGAGGACUAUACUCGAUCCGCCUGGAUUCAAUCACGGGGAUGGACCUGACGAAGAAGCGAAGCCGUCAUCACGCGAUCUGGUUGUCAUAGCGUCCGUGCAAAUCGCUCUCGCUGCCGCUACGCUCCUGAGCGCGGUUGUUUGCGCGCGGAUCGAUUGCAGCGCAUGA